AUGGGAGGUUGCUGCACCAAAGAUGCCUUGUAUAAUGGGAAUAACAUAGAUGAUGAGCGUUAUUGUAAGGAUGAUACUGAAUUUGACGGUGAUGAUGAUAUGAACAAUGUGAAGUAUGGGGAAGAUGGAGCUCGGAUAAGAAUGCAAGGCUCUUCUAGGUACAUUUCAAUGUACACCCAACAAGGAAAGAAAGGGAUCAAUCAAGAUGCUAUGACAGUUUGGGAGGAUUUUGCUGAGAAGGACAUGUACUACUGUGGUGUGUUUGAUGGCCAUGGACCUGAUGGUCAUAAGAUAGCGCGAUAUGUACGCGACAAUUUACCUUCAAAGCUUUCCCAAGUUGUCAAAAUCUACCAGCUUAACACCGGCAUUUUCGACAAUGCUAGUCUUCCUUCAAGUUUUUUCAACCAGGAAAGUAACACAACCCCCAUCAGCAAAGGCAGUCAAGAUAUUUCUCUUUCUUCAUGGGAAGCCAGUUUCGUUAAAUCAUUCAAGGAUAUGGAUGAAGAGCUUAGCCUCGAUUCAACCAUCGAUAGCUUCUGCAGUGGUUCAACAGCUGUAAAUGUAGUUAAACAGGGUGAUCACUUGGUAAUUGCAAACUUGGGAGAUUCUCGUGCAGUUCUUGGUACUAGGGGAGAGAAUAAUCAAAUCGUUCCUGUUCAACUCACAGUUGAUUUAAAACCGGAUACUCCAAGUGAAGCGGAAAGAAUUAAGAAGUGUAACGGCAGAAUUUUCGCAGUGGAUGAAGAACCGGAAGUGUACAGAAUAUGGAUGCCGGAUGAAGACUGCCCUGGUCUAGCAAUGGCACGAGCAUUCGGAGAUUUCUGUCUCAAAGAUUAUGGCCUUAUCUCCAUUCCUGAAGUUUGCUACAAAACUAUCACAAGCGAUGAUGAAUUUGUAGUUUUGGCAACUGAUGGGGUAUGGGAUGCGUUAUCGAAUGCUAAUGUGGUAAAGAUAGUUGCUUCUGCAAAGAAGAGAUCCAAUGCAGCGAAGUUGUUAGUCAAGCGAGCUGUUAGAGCAUGGAAAAGAAAAUAUCCAGAAUCCAAAAUUGAUGAUUGUGCAGUUAUAUGCUUGUUCCUGAAAGACCAACCUUCUUUAAGUCGGUCAAUGUCUCAUGGAAGCCGGGGAAAAGUAAAUGAACCAGCGCUUGUUUCGUAUUAUAGCACUAAAUCGAAUGCUCCAACCGAUGGAGGAGGCACCGAACUGUCUCUUGUAAAUAGCAAGAUCUCAGAAGACACAAAAGAAGGGUGGAGUGAAUUGGAUGGUUCUACAAGAGUGAAUUCCCUUUUGAAUGUUCCUCGAUAUGAUAACGCUUUGAGUUGGCGGAAAAAAUCAAAGGAUUUUGAAGAGGUUGAAGCUCAUUAA